CGACAAGUACGGACGGCACUGUAGUAUCGAGCCUCCGUUUUGAAAAUAACGGUACCGACAAAGGUCCGAUAGAAAACUAAAACCGAACAAUUGCAGUCUCUGCCCUGUGCUGGCCCUGUCCUCUUAAAUCGUUUUUCUUCCUUUUAUCUCUUUCUCUCGUAGAGCUGUGAUGGAGAACUUACGAAUCUGUUUGUUGCUUUGUUGAGCACUUGAGCUUGUUCUGUGUAAUUUUUCAUCAUCUUUAACUUUGCAUGAAUCAUUGUUUGAUAAGUACCGGUUUGUGUGUCAAAUUCCUCGUCUAUUGUUUCAAUUCAAAUGGGUUGAGAGUAGUUGAAGACAAGACACUUCAGGCCUGACGUUAGGGCAUGAUAAGUGCUCCUUUUGAUUGCUGAGAAUACUAGUCAGGAACCAUUUCAAGCAUAUCAUGGGCUCAAAACUGAACUCAGGAAGCAGUAGGACUUGGAGCUUAAAGCGUAUGUUCAUCAUUAUAGGUCUUUGUGGAUUCUUUUAUCUACUGGGGGCAUGGCAGAGAAGUGGUUCUGGAAAGGGAGAUACCAUAGCAUGGGAGGUUAUUAAGCAGACAGAUUGUGGCAUCUUGGAAGGUUUGAGUUUUGAGACCCACCAAAACGAUGGUACUUUACACUCUUCUGAGGCUAAAGUUGAGAUGUUCAAGUCCUGUCACCACCAGUACACUGAUUAUACUCCAUGUCAUGAACAAAAGCGUGCGAUGACUUUUCCACGGGAGAAUAUGGUGUAUAGAGAAAGACAUUGUCCAUCGGAAAAUGAAAAACUGCAUUGUCUUAUCCCUGCACCCAAAGGAUACAUGACUCCAUAUCCCUGGCCAAAGAGCCGUGAUUAUGUGCAUUAUGCAAAUGUUCCUUACACAAGUCUAGCAAUUGAGAAGGCUGUCCAAAACUGGGUACAGCUUCAGGGUAAUGUGUUCAAGUUUCCCGGCGGAGGAACAAUGUUUCCUGAAGGAUCAGAUGCUUACAUUGAUGAGCUUGCAUCAGUGAUCCCAAUUGCGGAUGGCACUAUUAGAACUGCGCUGGAUACGGGUUGUGGGGUUGCAAGCUGGGCUGCAUACCUGUGGAAGAGAAAUGUAAUAACCAUGUCAUUUGCACCACGGGACAAUCAUGAAGCACAAGUACAGUUUGCUAUGGAGCGAGGACUGCCUGCUGUCAUUGGUGUUCUUGGAACCAUGCAGCUUCCAUACCCAUCAAGAUCAUUUGAUAUGGCUCAUUGUGCUCGGUGUUUGAUACCAUGGACAUCAAAUGAUGGAAUGUAUCUGAUGGAAGUAGAUCGAGUUCUCAGACCUGGUGGAUACUGGAUCUUGUCUGGCCCUCCCAUUAACUGGAAGACCUACUAUAAGACAUGGGGCCGGUCUAAGGAGGACCUCCAGGAGGAGCAAAAAAGGACCGAACAGUUGGCUGAAAAUCUUUGCUGGGAGAAGAAAUAUGAGAAGGGAGAUAUUGCCAUCUGGAGAAAGAAACUGAAUGCUGAUUCUUGUGAUAUAAAAUCCACAAGUUUUUGCAAAUCAACAAAUGCUGAUGAUGUUUGGUACAAGAAAAUGAAGGCAUGCAUAACCCCUUGGCCUGAGAUCAACAGACGAAAGAAAGUAGCUGGAGGGGAGUUGAAGAGAUUCCCAGAUAGACUUUUUGCAGUCCCUCCUAGAAUAGCUAAGGGAUUUGUUCCAGGGGUCAAUGCAGAAUCUUAUCAGGAAGACAAUAGGUUGUGGAAGAAGCAUGUAAAUUCUUAUAAAAGGAUCAAUCAAUUAAUUGGAACUGAGAGAUAUAGGAACAUGAUGGAUAUGAAUGCUGGGCUUGGAGGUUUUGCUGCAGCACUUGAAUCACCAAAACCAUGGGUAAUGAAUGUUGUGCCCACCAUCGCUGACAAAAAUACUUUGGGAGUUAUAUAUGAGAGGGGAUUGAUUGGAAUAUAUCAUGACUGGUAUGUUAUUUCCCCCCUCUAUUUUCAGCAUAUAAAUUUCAUUUUUAUGGAGAAGAGUUGCCGUUUGAAUUUUAAGCUUGAUUUUAUCUUUAUCAUACUUCAGCAUAUCUGAUUAAUCAUUGUUGUG